UUCGCACUGCUGCUUAUUAUCGGGGCGCCGGGUUCAGUUUCUCCCCAUUCCCUCACUCGGCUCAGCUACUUUGAGAGGCGGGAGCAGCCAGCCCGAUUGAACAUGACCUUGUGGCGCCUUUUCCUGAUCUGCUCGGCGGGGUGGGCAGCAGCAGCCUGGGCGAGGGCAACGAUGCCCGCUGACACCCCGCGAGCCCGCACAGCUCCCGGCUGGGUGCCCGAGGGCAUCCCAUUCGAGUAUCACCGGUACGCGGAGCUGCGCGAAGCCCUGGUGGGAGUCUGGCUCCAGUGCCCCAGCAUCAGUCGCAUCUACACGGUGGGCAAGAGCUUCGAGGGACGGGAGCUGCUGGCCAUUGAGAUGACGGACAAUCCCGGAAAGCACGAACCGGACAAGCGAUGCUGCACAUGUUGGACCUUAGCAUUGCUCCACCCACUCAACAGAUGCGAGUGCCUGGCAGAGUGCACCAGCACAAACAGAAGACUUACACUACAGAACGGUCCAUUCAAGAGAAAGGGGGAGCCAGAAUUUAAAUACGUUGGCAACAUGCAUGGGAAUGAGGCAGUGGGAAGAGAGAUGCUUGUCUUCUUGGCACAGCAUCUGUGCAAUGAAUACCAAAAAGGAAAUGAAACGAUUGUCAGUCUGAUUCACAGCACACGGAUACACAUCAUGCCAUCCAUGAAUCCUGAUGGGUUUGAGAAAGCAGCUACACAGACUGGUGAUCUGAAGGACUGGUUUGUGGGUCGCAAUAACGCACAAGGAACCGACCUCAACAGAAAUUUUCCCGACCUUGACAGAAUCGUCUAUGUGUAUGAAAGGGAAGGAGGGCCCAAUAACCAUCUUCUGAAAAACAUAAAGCUUUCUGUAGACAGAAACACAAAGCUCGCACCAGAGACUAAAGCUAUCAUUCACUGGAUCAUGGAUAUUCCAUUUGUUCUCUCAGCAAAUCUUCAUGGUGGCGAUGUUGUAGCGAACUACCCAUAUGAUGAGACUCGCACUGGUUCUACCCAUGAAUAUAGUGCGUGUCCAGAUGAUAAGAUUUUUAAAAGCCUGGCUGAGGGUUAUGCCUCAUUGAAUUCAGUCAUGUCUAACCCCAAUAGACCACCAUGCCGCAAGAAUGAUGACGAUUCUAGCUUUGUUGAUGGAAUAACCAAUGGAGGAGCUUGGUACAAUGUUCCAGGGGGUAUGCAAGAUUUCAACUACCUGAGCAGUAAUUGCUUUGAGAUCACACUGGAACUAAGUUGUGAAAAAUUCCCACCUGAAGACACACUCCCACAGUAUUGGAAGGAGAAUAAAGAAUCUCUCAUUAAUUACAUUGAGCAGGUGCACCGUGGUGUUAAAGGGUUUGUCCGAGACCAUCAAGGGAACCCACUCUCCAAUGCUACUAUAUCUGUGGAAGGCAUUAAUCAUGAUAUCACAUCUGCUAAAGAUGGUGAUUUUUGGAGGCUUCUGGCUCCUGGAAACUACAAAAUCACAGCUUCUGCUCCAGGAUAUCUAGCAGUAACUAAAAAAGUGGCAGUUCCUUUUAGCCCAGCCACAGUGGUUGAUUUUAAUCUUGAAUCAUUUUCUGAGAGAAAAGAAGAGGAGAAGGCAGAAAUAAUGGAAUGGUGGAAGAUGAUGUCUGAAACACUGAACUUUUAAGCCGGAGGCUGUUGCUCCUUUUCAAAGCACGUGCUUUAAUGGGACGUGGGUGGCAUACUGAUCUCUUUCUUUAGACAUUGAAUUAUUUACGUUUUCCUGUGUUUUAGUAUUACUUGAGCACAGUAGGUAUUAUGUGAGGUGAACAAUCUGGUGUCCCUGCCUUUAUCAAGCCACUUCUUCAGCUAGGACGUAUGCUGCCAUUUGGUGGAGAUUCCAUUUUGUUCAUCUUACUCAAAGAUUAGUUCCCUCCCUUCAUGGACUGUUUUAGAUAAGUGUGGUCACUGUUACUGUGUCUUUGUAUCUCUGUUAUAAUUCAUUUUGUAGUCCCAAAUAAUGUCUUGACUAAAAAUAUCAGGUCAUGUUUGGAAAGGGGAGGGAGAAAAAUACCUUAAUUUUAAAAUAACUUGACGAAUGAAGUGUGUACAGUCUUCACAAAUUUAUGUAACUGAAAGUAUACAAAGUGAAGGCUAAAGUCCGUCCAGGAUUUAUUUAUUUAAGGUAAAAGAAGGAAAAAUAUCAUGUCAGAUGUGAAUUGGAAAAUUGUUGUUGGUUAGUGUAUGAACAUAUUGAUUUUCUGUAAUGGUUUGAACAUUAAGUUUAAGGUAGCAACUUACAUGUAAUCAACCCAACAGAAACUGACAUUUCUGCAGCAAAUAGCAAAACUAUGAGCCUGAGCACUUGGGAGGCAAAACUAUUUUUCUCUUCUUCAGAUUGUAAAAUUAAUUGUGCAGCACAGUUCCAAGUUCCAUUGCACCUAAAUGUAUGAAAUUCUUAUUAUUGCCCAGUAAUGAGAAAAAUUAAAAGGUUUAACUUACAAUUUUAGGGAAUGUAUGUGUAUUAGAUAGUACAUCAAUCGUAUAAUACAAUGCUGUGUUCUCUUAAAAAUUCAUUUUGCAAUUAGCUAAAACUAAGGACAGUACCACGUGGUUGUAUGGGGAAUCUGAUGUGCUCUGCCUUUUUAACGAUGUAACAACACCCUAUUCAUGAUGUUAAUGUCUCAUUACUUUAAAGAGUGAUGUCAGGCCAUUAGACAGAAUAAUUCUCCAUUACAUUAAAACAAUGUUGGGGUGUAUUUUAUGUUCUGUUUUUAUACACUGAACAUUACACUGUUACCUCAGAAGUAGAUGAGAAAGCAGCUGCAUAUAUUAAUGUCCUUAUAUCUUGCAAAAUGACCUGUAAGUUGGGCUUUGCUGUUUAGUGUGUUAGUGAUAAAGAUGAAAUGUUGCCCAGUGA